AUGCCCGAUGAGACCCAAUUUCUUCACGCUACCAAAGAAUCCAAGGAAGCAGACUACGCUAGCCAACAGCACCCUACUACCAAACGACCAACCAGACUUGCCGCCCUCUUUCCCCCGCUACAAAGAUGUACGAAACCAUGGACUACAGGCGCGUUCGCGUUGUACCUCACGGGCCUCAUCCUAAUCUCGGCCUACUCUGCCAGCAAGCUAUUCGACGCCGGCAGCUGGCUAGCCCGUCGACCAGCACAGCCAGCGGCGCCAGCAGCUGCUUCUCCGGCCUCUCGGAUCUCACCAGCCUCCCCAGUCCGGAACUGGGAUGCGGCCGCCUCCAAGGCGACGGUCUUUGUGGCCCAGCUCAACCUCACCGAAAAGACGCUGAUGGUCACUGGCCAGCUCGGGCUUGAGGCCGGCGGUUGCAUUGGCAACAUUGUGCCGAUCGAGCGCGUGGGGUUCCCCGGACUCUGCUUGCUCGACGGCCCCACGGCGCUGGACCGCGCCGAUCUUAUCAGCGUCUUCCCCGCCGGUCUCACCACGGCCGCGAGCUGGGAUAAAGAGCUCAUUUACCAGCGCGGCAAGGCACUUGGCGAGGAGUUCCACGAUAAAGGCGUCCAUGUUGGACUUGGCCCGGUCGCUGGCCCACUCGGACGCCAACCCCUUGGAGGCCGCAAUUGGGAAGGAUUCUCAGUUGAUCCCUACCUCACGGGAAUCGCGAUGCAACUCACUAUUCAAGGAAUGCAAUCAGCAGGCGUGCAAGCUUGCGCAAAGCACUUCAUUGGAAAUGAACAGGAAACCCAGCGAACCAACUCGUGGCUUGCAAACGGCACAGAAAUCGCAGCGAUUUCGUCCAACAUCGACGAUCGCACCCUGCAUGAGUUGUACUUGUGGCCUUUUGCAGACUCCGUCCGUGCUGGGGUUGCCAGCGUGAUGUGUAGCUACAACAGACUCAACCAAACUUAUGCGUGCGAAAAUUCGGGCUUACUGAAUGACAUCCUCAAGACGGAGCUGGCCUUCAAGGGAUAUGUCAUGUCCGACUGGUUCGCGACGCAUUCUGGAGCCGAGUCCAUCAACAACGGGCUGGAUAUGAACAUGCCUGGGCCCAUUGGCCAUGCCCAGAUCGUCUCUGGUGAGACAUACUGGGGUCCCAACAUCACUGAUAUGAUCAAGAAUGGUUCAGUCACAGAGGACCGUCUUGAUGAGAUGAUCCGGCUGAUCAUGACACAAUACUAUCUGUUCGAUCAGGAUAGCUCCGAUUAUCCCACCGUCGACCCAUCCAUCGUCUUCACGAUUGCAGCUCAGUCAAACCUUCUAGACUUACUCCCCUUCCAGCCACCGCCAAGCCGCGAUGUCCAGCGAGACCACGGCAAGCUGAUCCGGAAACUCGGUGCCGAAGCAACAGUCCUCCUCAAAAACCUCAACGGGACCCUUCCCCUCAAAAAGCCCACCAACAUUGGCGUUUUUGGCAAUGACGCCGCCGACCCGGCUGAUGGUCUUGUCUUCGGUGCCGGAUUUGAAAUCGGCACGCUCUCCGUGGGAGGCGGCUCAGGAACAGGGAGACACACCUACCUCAUCUCUCCGCUUGAGGCAAUCAAGGCCAAGGCGCGCACGACAGGCGCUCGCGUGCAGUAUAUCCUAGACAACAAGGUCCUGGCUGCCGGCGACUUCAGUAGCUUGUACCCUAUUCCUGAAGUCUGUCUCGUUUUCCUGAACACCUUCGCGUCAGAGGCUUAUGAUAGGACGAGUCACGAAGCCGACUGGAACUCGACGCUGGCUGUCGAGAACGUCGCUCGGAGGUGUCCUAACACUAUUGUCGUGACGCAUUCGGCUGGUAUCAAUACCUUGCCAUGGGCGGACAACCCAAACGUGACAGCUAUCUUGGCUGCGCACUUGCCAGGGCAGGAGUCGGGGAACUCAAUUGUUGAUGUGCUCUGGGGAGACGUCAAUCCCUCUGGAAAGCUGCCUUACUCUAUUGUGUUCGAUGCGAAAGACACCGAUAUCCCCAUCGUCAAUCUUACCGAAUCAGACAUUACGUCCCCCACAGCAUGGCAAGCUGAUUUCACAGAGGGCCUUCUCAUCGACUAUCGUCAGCUCGACGCCGAGAAUGUCAAACCUCGUUAUGAGUUCGGCUAUGGCCUCAGCUACACAACAUUCGACUUGGAUGCAUCUCUGAAGGUCAAGCAGCUCGCAAAAAACGUCGCCGCCAUCCCGAAUCCCUCAGCACCCAACGCACCUGGGGGUAAUCCAGAACUCUGGGAGACUAUCCUUCAUGUCACUGCUCGCGUCAAAAACAUCGGCGACAUCGCCGGGGCCACGGUCCCCCAGUUAUACGUUGCCCUGCCACAGGACUCAGUUCCCGAGGGCACCCCCACUCAAGUUUUGCGUGGUUUCGGGAAAGUCUUUGUGGAGUCAAAGGAGUCUAGCACUGUCGAAUUCGAAUUGCUGCGCCGUGAUUUGAGCUAUUGGGAUGUAGCGUCGCAAACUUGGGUUAUCCCUGAGGGACCGAUUGAGUUACGCGUUGGCUUUAGUUCUCGCGACAUCAAGGCUACGGCGAAACAGGUUGUCUUAUCCUCCUAG